AAUUGGGACCAUUCCCAAGAAAUCAAAUGUGGGAUAGAGGAAUCAAGAUCUGCAUUUAAAAAAAUAGCUAAGCUAUUCGGGUCUACCCCAAAAUCUCGACAGCCAAAAUCCCGACAGCCAAAAUCCCGACAGCCAAAAUACCGACGGCCAAAAUACCGACACGCCAGAAUCCCGACAGGCGAAAAUUCCGACACGCCAGAAUCCCGACAGGGACCUUUGCGCAACAUGCCUAUUUCCGAAUUUAGAAAAAGGAAACUUCUUUACGUAUUUCACGUAUUCUUUGAUGUAAACCAAAGCGGGACCAUCGAUAGGAAGGAUUUCGAGCUUGCCAUUGACAAAAUCUGCUCCUUACGAGGAUGGGCAAACGGCACACCACAGUACAAGAAAACAUUCGACGAUAUGAUUACAAUUUGGGAGGGACUUAAAUUUAAAGCAGAUGCAAACAAGGAUGGACAGGUGAGCGUAGAAGAAUGGGCCACCAUGUGGGACGAAUUUUCCAAAACACCAGAAAACGCAUUAGAAUGGCAAACUCAGUACAUGCGUUUUAUGUUUGAAAUGGAAGACUCCAGCGGGGACGGAGCUAUAGAUGUAGAUGAGUUUACCGGAGUCUGUUCGUGUUAUGGAUUGGACCCGGCAGAGUGUAAACUAGCGUUUCAAAAAAUGGCACAGGGUCAGCCAAGUGUGAGCUAUGAGCAGUUUGAAGUACUAUGGAAACAAUUCUUUACUUCAGAAAAUCCAUCCGAUCCUGGCAACUUCAUUUUUGGGAAAACAAAUUUUUAAUCUAGACUAAGACACUUCUAAUAUCAAUAUUAAUACUUAGCAUCUUUUGUAUUCUGUUCCAUAUUCCUACUACUACUAUUGAUAACCUACUUUAUAUUACAUUCUUGAAAAAAAUUAUACAAAACAAUGCUUGAGGAAGAUAUACUUAGGUUGGUUAUUUGUAAUAUUGAUAGAAAUAGACAAAUUGUAUUACCGAGAUAUAUCUAGACUAUAAUAUAAAAAAGCUAUAUAAGGUUUGUUACAAUUUAAAAUUAAAAUAAAUAGAAGUUUCCCAAACUAUACUAAAUAAAUAAAAAAUAGAGAUGUUGUGUUUCCAGAGUUUCAUAUUUUUGCUUCGACCUCGUAUUAAAAGGCAUAAUUUUGACCUUCCAGAUAACUAUUACCUAAUUUAAUUAUGGAUGCAAGUUCCGUAAGGAGUCUUGACAAUGACAAUAUUCUAUACUGUUUGUAUGUUGUACCCAUGGCCAUAUAAUACCUAAACUGUGUCCUACAAUCUAAAAACUGUUCCCCAUAUGCGAUAGAAAAACAAAAUAUGCAAACAAUCCUUGUACCUCUUUCUAAUGAGCUCAGUUUAUUUCAUGACCUUUCCAGUACCAAGCAAUCCUCAGUGGGAAGGUAACGUAGUCGAUAAAGAGACAGCCACGGAAGGGUUCUUCAACAAAUAUCUAACCAUCGAACCUAUUUAUAACAUUGACUCAGAUCAUACGCCAGUAAUAGCUACGAUUUAUUGAAAUAUCUAAGAAAAACCAAAACCACUAAUACCCCACAAUCAAGCUACCAACUGGAUUAUAUUUAGAGGAAUAUUAGAAAAUGAAGUAAACCUCAAUAUAUCCCUAGAAAUAUCCCAAGAAUUAGAAAACCAAGUACAAAAAUUUACAAAAGUAAUACGGUGUGCCUCGUGGGAAUCAACGUCACCAUUGGUCAAAACCCAAAACAGAAGUCACUGCCAGGGCCGGAUUUAAGGGGUGGCAGGCAGGGCAGCUACCUGGGGCCCCCACAAAGCCUUAAACGCAAAAAAUAUCAGCAAAUUAUUCACAUAGAAUUAUUUUUGUUUUAUACAAACACUUGUGACGUCCACUCUCUAAAUUUAGUUGCAAAUGCUGCAGCUGAGUGUUGUUCUGCUGCUACAGCAUUAUCUGAUUUCUUAAAAGAACUAUAUGCAUUUUCACAUCCUCUACAUAUAGAUACAACUUGUUAAUCAAAUGUUUAAAAGCUGCAUCUUAAAUGACAGCAACGCAGAGAGUGGCAGAAAUAUUAUUGGUUCUAAAAAAGUAAAUCCUACUAGAUGGUUAUCCAGAAGUGAUACCGCAAAAGCACUAGUUAAAGAUUAUAAUCAGACUAAAGUAGACUUAUUCAAAAUUUCAAAAGCAACAAUUUAAAACUCGUAGAGAUACAAAUUGUUUGUAUGAUCGAAUGUGCUUACUGCAAACAGGAAUAUUUGCAAUGUUUUGGAAUGAAAUUUUAGAGAAAACAAAAAGUCCAAGUCGUAUUCUCCAAAAUCCAAAUAUUGCCCUUAAUUUAGAAGUGGCAGCACUUAGAUCACUUAAAAAAUUUAUACAGUCAAAACGUGACAAUUUCAAAACAUAUGAGACGCAAGGCGCGAUGGUAAGCGGAAGUCAAGACUAUUCGACACAUAGAAAAUGACUACGGAAUAUUCGACUGACUCCACUGGAUUAUCGAACAUCUCAAGAGACUGAAAUGACAACAUCAGAGAAAUUUAGGACUCAAAAUUUUAUCGCUAUUAUAGAUCACCUCAUUACCUCUUUAAGUCAGAGGCUUUCUGCAUAUAAAUGCAUUCAUUCCAAUUUUGGAUUUUUAUAUCAUUUAGAUAUAUUUUGGUCAUGCAUAUAUGUACAAUAUUUUGGCCAUGUUAUGUGGCGCCCAGAGAGAUAUAAUAUACGUCAUUUAAUAAUACAAGGCAAGGUAGACGGAAGAAGAGGGGCAGGUCGGAGAAGAACGUCAUGGCUUAAAAUCCUGAGAGAAUGGUUUAACAGAUCCUGUACAUCCCUUUUCCGAGCUGCCGUGAACAUAAUUACUAUAGCCAAUUUGAUAGCCAAUGCUCGAUAAUCAAGCACGGCACAUAUGAAGAAGAAGACAUCAUUUAGCUUCAGAGCUAUCAAAGCUUAGGUACUGACAUCUGUAGCAAUGAUUCAGAUGAAAUCCUAGGUGUAGAACUAAUACAAUUUGUAUAAUUUUUCAAAGAGGAUAUCUGCUCAUUAAAUAUAAGCAAAGAACUUUAAAUGUACCGAUUGCUAGAAGAAAAGAAUGUGAAUGAUGCGUUUCCAAAUGAUGAGGUGAUGCUUCGUUUAUAUUUCUGAUACCAACUAACUGUAGUAGGGAGAGUUUAUAGGGCUUUUCAUCGAUUGUCAUUUGUUUCGAGUUUCUGUCAUAUGUCGUAUAAUCCGUGUAUAUUAAUAUUAUACACAGAUUAUACAACAUACAUAACGGAAGCUCGAAACAAAUGACUGAAUGAAAAGCCCUACUCUCAAAUCUUAAGUUAAUUAAAAAUUGACUUCGGUCUAUGAUGGGCCAAAAGCGUUUGAAUCAUCUCUCUAUAAUGAGCAUUGAACACGAUGUCUUAAAGCAAUAAGACAUGUCCGAGAUAGUCAAGGAAUAAUCAAGUAAAAAAUCUAGAAAAGUAUCAGGACUUCAACCCUACAUCCUAAUAUGUUUAUUUUUAAUAUUUUUCUGCAACAAAUUUUAAUUUUAAAUUUUACUGAAUUCAAAAAUAUAGUAGGAGAGGGCCCCUCAACAAUUCUGCCCAGGGGCCUCCACUGCCUUAAAUCUGGCUCUGGUCACUGCUCUUCUAGUAUAAGAGAAGAUUAAAGAAAGAAAGAAAGAUCUGACAAAACACAAGACCCGGCAAAUAAAACAAACUAUAACAGGGCACCCAAAUGCUUAAAAGACUACAUAUCAAGCAUUAAAAAUGAGAGCUUCCAAACAUAUGUCAAAAACCUAACAUCAACAGUAGAUACCAAUUACAGCUUAUGGAAAGCCUCUACAUAAUUAAAGCAACCCAAAGAACAUAUUCCACUUAUAAGGAAACCUGAUGGAAUUUGGGCAAAAACAAAUAAAGAGAAAGUAGAAAUUCUCGCUUGACACCUUGAAACAGUUUUCAAAUCUCUCUCAACACGAGAACAUACAAAUGACGAGAUCAUAGCCUCUCCUGAUGCAAAAAUAACAUCAGAUGAACAGAUACAAAUUACACCAAAUGAGGUACGGUGAAUUAUAAAUACAGAGCUAGACCCUAAAAAAGCUCCAGGACACGACCUAAUCACUCGAAAAAUUAUGAAAGAACUACCGCGAAAAGAGAUACUUAUGUUAACCUACCUUACAAACGCUGUCAUAAGACUUUUUUCCAUCACAAUGGAAGGUAGAAUGAAUAAUACCGCAGUAUAUAAUUUGACAGUGGUUGUUGCCUGUAGGUAUAUAAUUAAUCUCUAAUAAAUUUGUACCCCUAUAAUCUAACCUGUAUUCUUUAUGCACCUAUAGAAUUUGGCUUAGCUCAACUGUGUCAAAGGCUUCCUGAAAAUCGAUAAAUAUUAGCACAUAAAGAAAUAAAUAUCGGCUAUAUAAUAAUAUAAGACAAUAUAUGAGAAGAUGACAGACUAUAUUUAUUUAUUUUGACUCAUAAAAUUCGGUGCAUAUUAAAACAGGUAAUUGGUUAUCUAAGGCAAAUGAAAGUAUAAUAUACUUAAAUUUUUUGACUGCUGGAAAGUUGUUUAGUUAAGGAAAAUAGAUAAAAACUGCCUUAAUAUGCAGAAAGCUUAAUAUGCUAAAAUAACUAUAAAAUUGUUGGUAUCUGUAAAUGAGCAUUUCUGCAUUUCUCAAGAUUUGGACAUAAAUUGUUUUGAUUUUCUAGAAUAAGAGAGACCCAUGGAAAGGGAAAAGCUGAGGAAAAAAAAAGACAUUUUUCAAAGUAGCAAAGUACAAAAUCCUUCGUUAGUAACAACCGAAAAUUGUUAAAAAUAUUAUUCCUAAACUUUCUUGAUAUGAUACGCAAUAUAAUAAAAAUUGCAGAAAAUUUAUUAAUACAGAAAUAUUCACUAGUUUUGAUGGGAAAUAAGCCACAAUUUUACUAAAACAAUGAUUUUACUAACGUUUCGACGCCCAAAUCCGGUGUCUUUGUCAAAAUACAAAAAAUAUUAAUAAUUAAACAAAAAAAAUCUUCUAAUAAUUUAUUUAACCUGACUCAUUUAUAUGGGCAAUUCAGACAUAUAUUAUACAUUUUAUAGUAGAAUACUUUAAAAUAAUAUUGCCAAUAUUUAUGAGUCGCGUUCCUGGGACGACUUUACUGAAAGAUAGUUCAUUUGAUUACAUGAAAUCAACCCCAACCCAACAAUAUCCGUCACAAAAAAAUCAUAACAUGUGAUCUGUCUUUAAAAAGACAACCACAUGCAAUGGUGACAGUAAAAUUCUCGCCCUAGAGAUUUUAUAGUAAAUCACGAGGGAAAACCAGGAAAAAACCUCGUGAUACUAUCUCGACAUCGUAAGUAUUAGGUCUUGCUUUAGUUUACUCUCAAAACUAAUACCAAAUUCUGACCUUAAUAUUUAUGUAUAUAUGUUAUUUUAAUUGAUUUCAUGUAAUCGAAUGAACUAUCUUUCAAUAAAGUCGUCCCAAGAACGCAACUCAUAAAUAUUGCCAAUAUCAUUUUAAAGUAUUCUACUUUAAAAUGUAUAACAUAUUGCCGAUAUAAAUGAGUCAGAUUAAAUAAAUUAUUAGAAGAAUUUUUUUACUAAGCAACAACAGUUUUUGUUUAAUUUAAUUAAUAUUUUUUGUAUUUUGACAACGACACCCGAUUUGGGCGUCGAAACGUUAAUAAAAUCAUUUUUUUAGUAAAAUUGCGGCUUAUGUCCCAUCAAAACUAGUUCACUGCAAAAAUGCCACAAGAAAAUAGCUUCAGAACAACAUACAGAAAUAUUCGUUUAUCUGAUCUAAAUAUUGCCGUAAUUUAUAUUUAUAUGAAACUAACCAGCAGUCCAGAACUUUAAUAAAUAAUAAUAUAUAAACUAACAAAUUAAAAUAUUAUGCUAUUACAGUAAUGUCGGAAUUAUAAAAUAUCGUUAAAUAUUCACUUUUAAUAAAUGCCUGUUAUUAUUUUGGAUUAUUUAUAUGCACAUUUGAAUAGAAUGUGCAAUUUUGAGUUUAAUCACACACAUUUCAUAUCAAAUAAAAAUAUCGACUAAAUUAAAUGAAAAAUUUUAUUUAAAAGUAAAUAUAGGUAAAAUAAUUGUAGAUUAUGAAUUAUCUUUUAAUUGUUAAAAUUUAAUAUUAUGCUUUUAUUUAGUGGAUUACUGACGUGGAUAUUUCAGGACGUAGACUCUGACAUGAAAAAUAAAGUAUAUCAUACCGUUGCCUAUUCUCAGACACGUAGCCAAGGGGGGUGUCCGUGGGGUCCGGACCCCUCCCAAAACUGCCUCGGCUUUAGUAAGUUAUUACGAAAUGCGUAUAAUUUUUUACUAGGAUUAUUUCUGUUUUUAUUCAUUGUACGGAUACGGAUAAACUUAUAUCCAAUUUAAAAAUCAGAUUUACCAAAAACGAAAGUAUUCUAUCAGCAUUUCAAAUUCUUUUACCUGGAUUUGCCUCUUCAGAAAAAGCAAAAUUGCUAGAAAAUUUGACUGUAUAUUACUACCAUGAACCACACGACACUUCUCUUACAGCAAUAAAAGCUGAAUGUGUAUAUGUUAUGGUAUAACUGUACCUACAAUAUUAUCUUUGGAACCAAAUACCGAAGCUCUCCGCGUAAUGGAACAUUGUAAUAAAGAUUUUUUCCACACAUUUACAAAUUCCUUACAAUUGUGGCAACUAUUCCUGUCACAACGGCUAUUGUAGAACGUUCUUUCUCAGUAAUGAAGCGAUUAAAAACUUUACCCAGAAACAAGAUGGGAAACGAAAGACUAAUUUUAUUGACUGUUUGGUUCGUUCAUUGGAAAGUUGAAUUAAAGCCAGAUAUAUAUCGAAUCGAUAACCAAAGAUUCAUGGGUCGACAGCUGAAUAGAAGACCAGAUGUACUCUUUUCUAUGGAAUCCUAUAUUUCGUUAGUAGUCGCUAACAUCAUCAUGAUGAUAUAAAUAUCAUGACGUCCCUGCAGGGACGCUAAAAUGAUAUUAAAGAUACAAUAGUGAAAUUGGGUAUUAAAAACAACUUACUAGGCUCAAAUUAUCGUCAUCCCAGAUAGCAAUAUAAACUUGUUUCAAACUUGCAACAAGUUUGAUACAUCAAACAUGAAAGCUUGCUGCAGGUUUGCCAUGGCAACUUUGCAAGCUUGCAGCAAGUUUAAAUCAAACUUGAUAAUUGGAGUGUGACAAACUUGCAUGAAGUUUGUUUUUUCAAGCUUGAUACAAACUUGAUAUAAUAAACUUGCUGAAGGUUUGUUUUUGUUUUGUUGCAUGAAGUUUGUUUCUUCAAACUUGAUACAAACUUGCUUAAGGUUUGUUUUGACAUACUAGCCACAAUUUGAAUAAAAAAAUGUGAAUAAAAAAUACAAUACCAUUUUAUAUAACUAUUUAUUCAGUAAUCACUCAACUAAAAUACAAUAUAUUGUCUAAAAUUAUUUAUUGGAACUUACAUUAAACCCGCUAGCUUCAGAUUCCGAUGCUCAGUUUUGUCUCAGCUCUGAAACCAAUAAAAGAAAUUGUUAUAAAUCUUGCUGUGUGAAAAGAAUUAAUAUUUGCUAUUAAAAGAGAUAAAAACAUGUUAAGUUAGUUAAGUAACAAUUUUACAAUAAAACCUAAAACUUAUUUAUAAAUAAUAUAUUAUAUGUUUAUUUUAGAUAGUAUGUACGUAAAUUGAUGUAAAUACGGUUAGAAGCUACAAAAACAUAAAAAAAACUUACCUCAAUUUGACCAAAGCGAAAAGAAUACGAAUCUGUACCUAUAUCACCACAAGCAGGUGGGUCUAUGAAAAACUGAAGAAAACAAACUUCAGCUUAGUAAUUAAAGUAAUAGAGAAUUGUACGGUAAAUGUAAAAAAAAUCAAAGAAAAAUAUCAACAUAGGAUAGGAUAUACCUCCUAACCACAAAUUAUCACCGCUUGGCAGGAUGGUAGGUUACUUUUCCCGUGUUGCCAGCUGUCGAGUAAGCUUUUUCCCUCAACAGUCCUUAAAAAUUCCCACUUUUAUGAUAAAAUUCCCUCCUAUGCUCCUAUUUAAAAAAUCUGUGUGAAAUGUUGAAUUAUUUUCAAAUAUUUUGAUUAUUAUAAAUAUUUUACAAUUUGGACUGGAGCAAAAAUUCCCUUAUGAGUUAACUUUUUCCCUUUUAUGUUGAAAAUUCUCGCAGAAAGGGAAAUUUACCACUGGUGGCAACACUCUCGUUUCAGUGGGCGUGACAUCAGUCAGGGUAACGAACGAAACCGAACCGAACCGACCGUAACGUGUAAGUCAAACAAAUAGAUGGCACACGUAACGUGGCUUUGCAACUGUACGCUUGCAGCAAAGUUGCUACAAACUUGAAUCAUCAUGUUUGUUAAAACAAUAUUGCAGCAAACUUGACACAAACUUGCCUCGUCAUAUUUGACGCAGCAAUUUAAAAUCAAAGAAGAAUCAAACUUGCCACAAGUUUACAUGCUAUCUGAGAUAGAUGUUAUAUCUUAGUAAAGUAAUAUAUAUUUAGUAAAAGUAAGUAAUUUGACUUUUUUUUAAUGUAAGUUUUACAGGGUUAAAUAUUUUAUUAAAUUUAAAACAUUUUUUUUUAUUUAAUGAGAAAAUAAUAACAAAUUGCAAUUUUUAAAAUAUAUAAGUUUUUUCAAAGUUUGCAUAUGGAUCUAAAAUUUAUUCUGAAUAUUUUUUCAAUACCUCACCGUCUAAUCUAACAAAAAAGAGUUAUGUUUGAACCCCCUCAAGCCCGUUAUGUGGCUACGUGCCUGCCUAUUCUCCUUUGUUUUUAAUAGGUAUUUGUCUUUUAUUACUGUGUGUGUUUUUAACAUCCACCACGGAAUGGUGCUUCACACUGCUGUAGAAUAAAAUACUGCUCCAAAUAAAAUAAACUUUAUUUUUUCAAGAAAAUUAUGAACACAUGCAUAAUGUUAAAACAAAUUGUGGAAGUUCUUACAAAACCUUUUAUAACAUGAACUACAAAAAAAAACUUGAUUGGUAACUUAAAAGUAGUAAAAUAGUGCUUUAGACUUAAAGGUAGAACAGCCGGGUGGACUUGCUGUCAUACUAAUAGCGAAAGAAUUCACUAGACUGCUUUUAACUAUAGACACGUAAACACUGACAUGCGGUUCGUAAUACCGCAAGAAAACUUUACGUCAACGUAGCUCAAAGACUAAACCAUACUAAAACUGCAGCAGUUGGGAGCAGGUACAAUUUUAUUACACACCACUUAAAGGUACACAGAUGGUGUUCUAGAAAUAUUUUAUUAAACACGCUGUCGUGUCCAUAUUGACAAUGAUAUAUCGAACUCAUCUUCAAAUGCCAACAUUGGACCAAGAAACAAAUUCGACAUAACAUCACCAACACCAACACGGCGAGCAUGAGACUUUAUGUGGGUCCUUGUAUGCUACUCCUCUGAAUUCUCCAGGCAUACGGUACACUAUCAGUAAAAAGGAAUGAAUUUCGGUAUACAUAAAUGCUUUAUUUUCUCACUUCUUUGGUUAUAAUUCAGGAUCUUCAUUCUAGUCAUUGUGAAGUUACUUUAUAUAAAAAAAACUGUCUCUGCUGACAGGCAAGUACAAGAUUCUAUUGAAAACUUAGUUUGUGCAUCACUAACUUCAUUAUAAAAUUGAAAAUGUACUGUUAUGAUCUGCUUUUUAUAAUUUUAAAUUAAUUAUUAUUUAUCUGGUUAAUUAUUUAAUUGUGGCAAAUCAUACAUAAAAAUGAAUAAAAAAUCUCAGGGUGCCUUUUUAUACUAUUAAAAAAAAUCUAAAUUAUCUCACGUUAUACUUAUCUUCUCUCGUGGGUUCAGUAUCUCUUAGUUGAUCCUAAUCGGGAUAAAUUAGGGAAAAGAAAUAAAGCAAAAUAUUAAAAUAAACAUACAGAAUUGUCUUUUAUUUGUCAAAAUCAAUACUCUAAAAUCUAUCAAAUCUAAAACCUGUGGACACAGAUGUCCGAAUGAAAUCUUUACCACUUAAAAUUUAUUAUAGUUAAAAAAAAACAAUUUAUCGGUUUGUUCCCGAUGACUUUGGUAAAACAAACUAAACAAACAAAUUUAUAUAUUCGCAAGAUUAGCUAUACUUCCUAUUUACUUUUAGAAAUAUUGGAAUUUUAAUUCAUAUGCCUUUUACUCAAUACUUUAGUUUCCGAACAUAAAAAUAUCUUUCACAUAAGUUGACUGACCUUUUGCUUCACUCACUCUGAUGUCUUCUCGUGACCCAAAACAGCUCUCCCUCGUUGACUAUGUUAAAGGCUACUCAUCAAAGCCCUCUCCGCUCUCCAGCUUCAAAACUAUCAGCAUACCAGCACCAAUUCUCCAACAAGCCGGGCCUCUUUUGACACGUACUCGAAUCAAACAAAACUCCAAAAAUUCUCUGCUCUCCUUCUCACAAUAAUACAGAAUCAAAGAGGUAUUUCGUCUCAAUUUGAUCUGUCUCUCGUUCCACUUUUCAACACUAUUCUCCACUAUCAAACAACCACUGGUAUUUGCUAACUACUUAUCCACCAAAACGUUGACCGCUCCUCAGCGCUGCCAAAUAACAUACUAAAUUCUUUUUCAAACUCUCUCAAUCAUUCAAACCACUUUUCCCCUUCCAACUUGCCAAGAAUCAGAAACAAUUUUUUCCAUUCGACAAACAACAUUCAUUUUCAAAAUUAUUCCGACCAUCCUAAUUACUUUCGGGGAAACUCUACAACAUUUACUCGUUCUGAACAAAGAUAUCAAAAUUCCAAACUUUCUUUUUAAACCACUUUCCCAGAAAGUGAUAAUUACAUCUACCUGUGGAUUCUAUAGUUCUCGUAAUAAACAAUCUAUUUUCAUUUUAAAUCUAAAUACAUCGUCCUUUUCACUUUAAUUAUUCACAAAAGUUUUUAAUAGCUCAUCGGAAAGCUCAUUAAAAAGAGAAAUCCACUUACAUCCAAACUAAAUUCUAAUAAAUAUUUACAGCUCAAUAUACAGGGUGUAUCAAAUUUAUGUGCCCGCGUUAUUUAAAAAAAAAUUAAUUUAAUUUUUAUUUUGCCUUUGAUUGAUAAAAUUGAAAACACAAUAGUACAUACAGUGUGCACAAAAAGAACAUAAAUGAACCGACUAAUAAAUAUUUGCUAAAAAUGAAAAUCAACAGCUAUCUGGGAGAACCUCUAAAUGCAGAGCGGAUCUUAUUAAAAUAAAUUCUAUAAAGUAGCGGGUUUGCACGCUACAACGCUUUACAACAAAUUUUAUUUUAGACACGGUAUGACAAAACCGCUUGUCAGUGGUUAAGAAAUAGGUAAAUUCAAAAAAUUAUUAGGUACAUUCUGUUUUCAACAAGUUUAUAAAAGUGUCUUAAGUUUUUGUCAAGUCUAAAAUCGCAGGAAUACAUUAUUUGUACACAAUCUGACAAAAGUACAAACCAAACACAGAGGGAUAAUUUAUGACCUAAUGACCUUUCUAACUAAGUAGUCAUGUCGUCAUAAUGUUUGUUGUCAUUCAUGCCUUUUUGUCGGAGACACAUUGAAUAGGCAACUUAUCAAUGCGUAGACUCCUAAAACAUGAGAAUUUUUUUACUGAUUUUGCCCGUCCCUCUUUCCAACUAAACGAUCGUCAAACAACUGUUGAGUCGAGUGUAUGCGCUAAGCUACAGUUGAGACCCCCCGUGCGUAAUCAUUUAUUAAAGCAUACGAAAUAAGUUGUAAAUUUACUAAACGCAACAGUAAUAAUUGACAGAAAGCGGGUAUUAUUAAGAUAAUGAGAAAUCAAAUAGAUUAUAUCAUGAUCAAAGAAAGAUAUCGGAAUAGUAUUACAGCAGUCAAAACACAACCUGGAGCAGAUAUAUCAUCUAAUCAUAAUCUCUUAGUAGCUCACAUGAAAAUUAAAAUGAAAAGAAUAAAGAAAACAGCAAAAGAAGAAAGAACUGAUAUAAGUGCACUAAGAAAUCCAGAAAUUAGAGAAAAUAUCAAAGAAAGAAUUAACGAACGUCUAAACACCGUACAGAUUGAGGGGGAAUACAGUGAAGAAAAUAUCAACAAAAACUGGGAAAAAAUAAAGGCUGAUUUAAUAGAACCUUCAAAAAAGUAUCUACGCAAACCCAAAGAAAAGAAAAAAGAUUGGAUGACAGACAAAAUACUAAACUUAAUGAACAAAAGAAGAGCAUAUAAGGACAAAAAUAAAUCGUUAUACCAGCAAACACAAAACGAGAUUCGGCGACAAAUUCGCAUAGCAAAAGAAAAUUGGUUAAAAGAAGAAUGUGAUGAAAUAGAAACGCUACAACAUAAACAUGACAGCUUUAAUGUACACAGGAAAAUAAAAGAAUUAACUAGAAAACCAGAAUACAAACAAAAUAUACUAGUUGAUGAAAAAGGGAGACAUAGUAAUGGAUACAGAAAACAAAUUGUUGGUAUGGACAAACUAUAUAGAACAGCUGUUUAACGACAACCGGAGGCACAAUAGAUAACGAAUAUUUCGUUGAAGUGACUGGACCAGAAAUAACAGAAAGUGAAGUAACACACACAAUUAAAGAACUGAAAACUGGGAAAGCUGUAGGCCCGGACGAAAUACCGACAGAAAUAUUGCAACUUAUAGCCGACUGCAAUAUACAUGUAAUUGUCGAAUUAUUUAAUAUUAUAUACAGAACAGGUAUAUUACCUAAAGAAUGGCUUCUAUCAACAUUCGUGACUAUACCAAAAAAGAGAAACGCGAGACAAUGUUGCGAAUACCGUACCAUCAGUCUAAUGUGUCACAUACUCAAAGUAUUUCUAAAGAUUAUUCAUCGUAGAAUAUACAAAAAGUUAGAACAAGACAUUGGACAAACUCAGUUUGGAUUUAGAAAUGGUCAAGGAACCAGAGAAGCAUUAUUUGCAGUAAAGGUGCUAAUACAGAGAUGUUUAGAUGUAAACCAGGACAUCUAUAUGUCUGCUUCCUAGAUUAUAACAAGGCAUUCGAUACGGUGGUACAUAAUCCGUUAAUAAAACUACUGAGAACAAAGACCAUCGACACACGGGAUAUAAGAAUAAUAAAUAAUCUGUAUUAUGAUCAAGAAGCUGUCAUAAGAAUAAAUAAUUUAAACACCAAUAAAAUAAAAAUCAAAAGAGGAGUUAGACAGGGCUGUGUCUUGUCGCCAUCACUGUUUAAUGCAUACUCAGAAGAAAUAUUCAAAAAAGCAUUAGAAGAUGAAGUAGCAGGCAUAAAAAUAAAUGGCCUACCCAUAUGUGAAAUUAGAUACGCCGAUGACACAAUACUAAUAGCAGAAACUAUUACAGAUCUACAAAGAAUUUUAAAUAAGGUUGUUGCAACAAGUGAAGAAUUUGGUCUGUCACUAAACAUAAAGAAAACGAAAUUCAUGGUUAUAUCAAAGAAAAAUAUUAGAAACAUCAAUCUACAUGUAAAUAAUAAAACGAUAUUACGAGUUCAGAAUUAUAACUAUUUAGGGACGAACAUUAGUGAAACAAACGAUUAUACCAAAGAAAUCCGAAUUAGAAUAGAAAAGGCUAGAAGUGCAUUCACUAAUAUGAAACAAAUAUUGUGUAGUAGAGACCUCAGCCUAGAUCUUAGAAAGCGAUUACUAAAAUGUUAUGUAUUUUCUGUUCUUUUGUAUGGUGUGCAGACAUGGACAUGAAUAAACAAUGCCCCAAUAGAUUGGAAGCAUUUGAGAUGUGGACGUAUCGAAGAAUGCUGAGAAUCUCCUGGACAGACAGAAUAACCAAUGAGGAAGUACUAAGGAGAAUACAGAAGACCAGGGAGAUACUGGAUUCCAUCAAAAUAAGAAAACUUCAAUACUCGGGUCAUAUAACACGUGGUGACAGAUAUGAACUCCUAAAAUUAAUUAUGCAGGGAAAGAUUCAAGGAAGGCGCAGCAUAGGUAGGAGAAAAAUGUCCUGGCUGAGAAAUCUCAGAGAAUGGUUUGGAUGCAGUUCAACUGAACUCUUUCGGGCUGUAGUGUCGAAAGUGAGAAUAGCAAUGAUGAUUGCCAACCUUCGUCGCGGAGAUAGCACGUAAAGAAGAAGAAGGGUAUUAUUCCGAUCACGGGUUAUAGUAUAAAAUUUGACGUUAACAAAUAAAUUAAAUGUCAAAAAGUUAAGUUUUGAUUUAAAAUUUUGGUGCAUAAUUACAGCUACAUUUUGAAGUAGCUUAAUAAAUUCUUUUAUUAUCAUUAAUUAAUAAAUAAAUAAAUAAACAUUUUAUAAAAAAAUUUGAUAACAUAUUUAUUUUCUUUUUGUUAUUUUUUUCACUUUGGACGAACAUUAAACACAAGCGUUCAUUAACUGUGUCAACAGUUAUUUGUACGUUGUUAAAAUUUGUCGUAAAAUAGCAUAAACUUAUCAUAAAAUUUCUAACUCCAAUAUAAAAUUAGUUGUGAAAACAACUGUUUGUAUACUAUAAAAAACUUCAAAGUGCAAAAAUUCGAAAAAAUAACAGCAAAAAAUUCAACAAACUGACAGCCACAAACGUAAACAAAUCAAAACGUCAGAAAUUGUACUUAAAAUAUGUGAAAACAUCCCCAAUCGUCUUUCUUUGUACCUAUCUCUUUUCAGUGCACUGAGUCUGGAUCGUUCAUAAAAUUAACAUGUGUUUUUACUUAAUAACAGGCAGCAGCUGGUUUGUCAUUAGAUUCAUGGGUGGAAGAGAAUGAUGCUAGUAGUUAAAAAAUACGUGUUUUAUCUAGAGACAUGUUAAUCAUGGACGAGGCUAGUCAUAGGCCAAUGAAUGCAUCGGGGUGUAACGCCGAUAUCAAGGACGCCAUUGGUCAAUAUUCAUUUUGAGUGGUCUAGCCUUCUUUGUCCGUCAUAUGAGCGGUAUCGCUUAGUAAAAUAGAUAGACCACGGAUCGUCUGCCGCGCGUUACGCUUUUUUGCUCAGUAUGCCUUUUGUCUACGGUUAACAUGUCUCUGGUUUUAUCUCACCAGGUAUUAUAUUAAUGACGCACGGGUAAAGACUCGCGGACUCAACUCACUCAACUGUAUUUAACGUCAUGGGAAUCGAGCUGCUUAUCGAUAGUUGUACGACUUUUCAGUCAAAGGGCGAUCUAUGAGGUCUUUUGGUUUUUUUUGUCGAGCUACUAUCGAGUUGGCAGUAUGCGCCCUUUAAUAUAUUUUUACAGACUUAUUAUACACAACUAACUACUUGUAUGUAUGCGGUGGGUCUUUGGUUCCUUAAUUUCACCUUCAACAUUUAGGUAUGUAAUUAAAUUGUCAAAUGUAAUUUGCACAGAACAGAGUAAUUGUGAUUCAUUAUUUUGGAGUUUUUCUUUCAGAACAGAUCAUUUUUAGAUGCAUAUGUUUUUGUUUGCAACGCACGUAGUAAAAACCCGAGUGCCUUGCAGUAAACAUAUCUUUUGGGGCAUAAUCCUUUAAAUACCUACUUCUCUUUCCAAAAUUUCACGUUUUCGAAAUUAACGUUAGCGGAUUCGCAACAUAUUGUCUUGAAAAUAAUAUCAAGUCGACAACGAAAUCAUUUUAACCAACCAUUUGAUACCUUGAAGUCACUUAGUCCUAGGCACUGCGCAACUUCGAGGCUUUGAGUUGAAUUAUAGGCCCAGACGCUCAGAUACUGGCAAGUUCAUAUUUCGAGCUUUACAAAAUCAACUGAACACAGCUUGAUCCAUAGUAAGUCCCUCGGUUUUAGGAAGCUUAUGGAAGCAAAACAUGGACGCUAACAAAAAUAGAAGUAAAUAAAUGGCUAAUGUGGGAAUGUAAAAUCCUUCGAAUGAUAUAUGGCCCUUGCAGAGACAGCGUAACAAACGAAUGGAGGCGCAGAUACAAUAACGAGUUAGAGUAUUUAUUCGGAAAGGACAAUCUAGUCAGAUAUACAAAAGCUAAUAGACUCACAUCGGCAGGUCAUGUCAUACGCAGUAACGACAAUUGCCUGAUAAACAAUGUGUUUUGGGAAAGGCCAGAUGGAAGAGGGAGAAAAAGGUGGAAAGAUGCAGUCAAAGAAGAUCUGGAGAAAAUGGAAGCGAGACAAUGGGAAUUAGUGGCACAGGACCGAAAAACAUGGGAGGCAAUAGUAAACGCGGCAGAGACUCACGAAGAGCUGUAACGCUAUUGAUGAUGGUGAUGAUACGAUUUUAGGAAAUUUUAGUUUUUGGUCAGUAUUGCCACCUUUUUGAAACAAAUUUCUGACCUCUUUUUUAUUUUAUAGCAAUAUGGUCACUUGCCAACUUAAAAUUGUUCGACCAACUUCGUACUUAUGCUUCUUUUUCACUUUCGUUAAUUACACCAUUAAGGAAUUUGUGCCCUAUUUGUAUUUCUUAAGAAUAAUGGUCGAAUUUUCUUUCCCUUUAUUGCGGGUGCAGCAUUCAAAGACUUUGAAUGACUGAAUGGCUAUAAACCGGCUACCGAUAUACGGAAGGAGUAUUCUCUGCUUUCGUCUGUCCGGCAAAGUUCGACUGACGAAGCAUAAAUGCCGAAACCGGUCUCGAAAUGACGGGAUGGACGAAAGUGUGAGUAUUCCUUUUCGUAUAUUAUUUACACAUUAUUUUCAUACUUUGUGUAAAGUAGAAAGUUGCAAUUAUUUCCACUUGUUGACGUCCUAGGUAUUUUGUAAUAAAUACCAGGCGCCAUCUAGUGCCCUCAAAGUAGAGGGACAAAUCUAAUCAAGCAGGUAGGUUGCUUAAAAACAAUCCAGAUAUAUAUGUAUAUAAUUAUUUUCUAAAUAUUGGUCCUCAACAUUUGAACUAUCUUUCAUAUUCAUCGAUAUUUUCACCCAGUAACUCUGAAAUAUUCGUGAUUGGAAUCAAUAUUAACCCUCUUAACGACAAAUCAUUAAAAAGUGUAAAAAAUAACAAAUAUUUUAAAAAAAUUUCCAGAACACAUUGUUCAAAAAUACAAAAAAUAUCUAUAAAUGGUAUAGGAGUAAAUACUAACAAAUAAGUAUAAUAUAAAAAGCUUACUUUGUUGUUUAUGUAAUAUAUUAUGUCUUAUUGAUUAUUAAUAAUUGUUUGUUGUUUUUUUGGAGUGUUUUUUUGGAAUAAAACAUAAAGUGGAGUGAAUUUUGUCAACUAGAAGUGCUAACUUUUGUGCUACAAAGUCUUCGUCAUUUCGAUAACAUGAUUUGUUAUCUAAACGAAAUUUCUUCCACUACACAAUAUUUAUUAUUUAGGUAUGUGACAUUUGUUUUUGUUAGUGUUUACAUCUUGAUACCAUCUAUAGAUAUUUAAAUUUUUGUACAAUAAUUAAACAAGUAAAAACUGUUAGUUUUAUGGUAUUUAUUGAUCUUCAAAAGGCUUAUGACCGUGACCAUUAGCCAAGCUAUCGCAGGCGCUAGAAGACAAGAAAAUUCCACCCAUUUACAUUAAUUCAGUUAGGGAGUACAGGAAGUGAGGAGGUAGGAGUACCUAUAGAAAAAAGGAGAUUGCCCUAAGUAGAAGAAUUUAAAGGAGUGGUUUAAAUGCAGUUCUGUAGAACUCUGCAGAGCAGCUGUAGAUAGACUAAAUAUAGUGAUGAUCAUAUUCACCUCCGAUUGAGAGACGGUACUUAAGGAAGAAGUGAGGGAGUUUUUGUACGACGAUCAGUUCAAUAAAGAUUGGACAAAAAGUGUCAAAAAAGAAAGGUAAAGGUCGAAAUUGCACAAGAAUCUUUAAGAUUUAUUUGGGGGGGAGUCGGAUGUUUGGAAACGAAAAAAUGUAAACUGUACAGCUUGCAUUAUGCGGAUGACCAAGUAUAAUACUUGCAGAAGAUCAAGAUGGUAUCAGUUACAUAUUGCAAAAAAUAGAUAAAGAAUACACUUGUAAGUGGGUUUUAGUAAUUAAUCCGUCAAAAACAAAGUAUGUAAUAGUGGAGGUGAAGGAAGGCACUAAGAACUAAGAGGAGUUUGGUAUGAACUUUAGUGUCUAACUUAUUUCUUAGUUGAUGUUUUGUUGAAACUGAUGACCUCUGGAGUCCCUUCAAUGAUAAAAAGUUUUGUUUGUUUGAAACGUUUUCUCACAUUCCUAAGCAUCUGCUGAGUGAGUCGUCGGCAUUCAUUUCUUGUCGUCAUUCCAUCUUUUGAAAAUAAAGUUGAGUAGAUUUUAUUGUUUGGAUAUUUCGACAGAGAUAUAUCCAAGGAAGAUAAAUAUGGCGACCUAGUGAGCCAUUCGAUAUUACUCAAUCUUCCAAUCCAAUGCCGCGGAAUAUGCUGGUCUAAAAAUUUACGAAAAAAGGAGUUGAAUACUCAAAUGAUCAUUACAAUAUUGUUAUUUUUGAUACCAGUCAAAACAGGGUAAAACUUUAGAACAACUUGAAAACUACAACUAUCUUGGCACAAUAAUUAAUCGCACAAACUAUUACUCCAAAGUUUCAAUAGAGAAAGCAAGAACAAACUUCAAUAAAAUGAGAAAGGUACUUUGUGCAAGAGAACUGAAAUUAGACUUGAGAGUUAGGCUGGCAAGGCGUUAUAUUUUCUCGACUCUGCUUUACGGGAUAGAAGCAUGGACACUUAACGCAUCGACUACUAAAAAGUUGGAAGCAUUUGAACUGUGGGUGUAUAGAAAAAUUCUGAAGAUAUCAUGGACCGAGCAUGUAACAAACAACGACGAAGUCAUGAGAAGAGUCAACAAAAGACUGGAAAUAUUGGAAACCAUCAAAACAUCAAAGCUGCAAUACCUGGGGCAUGUUAUGAGUAAUGAGAGCUACAACAUACUUCAAUUAAUUAUACAGGGGAAAAUCCAAGGUAACAGAAGUGUAGGAAGAAGAAGAAUCUCAUGGUUGCGUAACUUGAGGGAAUGGUACGGAUGCACAUCAACCGAACUAUUCAGAGCAGCAGCAUCUAAGAUCAGAAUAGCCAUGAUGAUUGCCAACCUCCAUCGCGGAGAUGGCACGUAAAGAAGAAGAAGAAAGCAGGAUAAAUCGCAUCUUCCAGUAAAAUAUCGCAAGUCGAAUUAAAAUUAUGGUCUCACUAGUCGACUACCUAAAAUACUUGUUUAUACCUAUCUAUGAGACAGAAAAUAAAAAAUAAUGUAAGAAAUGAGUAAAGAAAAUAAAAGUUACUAUAUUCCUAAUAAUUUAUUGAGUUUGCAGUUAUUCAAAAACCUCCUUCUUUCGGUACCAUACUAGGUACCACUCACGUUGGUACUUACAUUGGUUAGUUGUUAUCUAAUCACUAUAAAUACUAUCUUCAUCUAAUCGGAAUAGUUGUUCGGUACUGCGUGUUCCUGCCAAAUCGCAAACGCCAUUGAGCUUGCUUGACAUCUGCUUCCUUCUGAUUCCUCUGCGCCCCUAGAUUUUACGUUUCAUGUUAAGCUGAAGGAUUCUGUACCGGUCUCCUUCAAGAACAGGCGCUUGGUAUAAAAUUUUUCUUAUUCUAUUAGUUUUUGCGUUCUGUUCUAUCGCUGUCCAGGCUAUUUGGAGCAUUUUCCAUGCAACGACGUCUCAAACAUCUCUAAUACCUGGUUGCACCAACAGAUCUUAAACUUAAGACGUACAUUAAGCUCAGUUUAUGAAACAUAUGAGUUGCACCAUGGACUCUUAGACCACAUUCUAGCUUGACCUGAUGUGAGUCUCAACUUCCCAUUAUUCUCAGCCUAAGUUGCUGCCUGAGUUUAAUACAUGGUCCAAGACAGUCAUAAUCUAUAAGCUGAGCUGGGCUAAGCUGGAGCUUAAGCUCUGUUGGUGCAACCAGGCAUAAGUGUUUGAUCUUAUCAGCCUUCAGAGCCUACGUAUCGGUGCCAUGUAACAGCAUUGACCAAAUAUAACAUUACUGAUAGAUAAAUGCAUCCGAGAAAUGCAUUGACUUUGUUAUUUUAUUAAUCUAAGGCGUGUACUGUACAACGCCAGUUAAAAAGUAAAAUUAUAAAAUCACGUUACUGCCUCAGUAUUUCAGUAAUUAAAACCCAGGAUAAUUAAUUAAUAUUAUUGAUUUAUUAAUUAGUUUAAAUCUCGACAAAAACACCAUCUACUAGUCUUUUUGGUUGAUGAUUAAACAUAAUUGACCAUAAGAUGAUUAAUUAUUAAAUCCUGUUCGAAUAUAUUCUUGCACAAGAGUCUUCAACAUACAUAGUUGUCUCAUUAGUGAGAAUUAUGGUUUCAAUCGGUACUCCUAACAAAUUUUCUCCAUUGGUUUCUAUCCUCACCGACUCUAAGAUCUAAAUUCUGAAAGUGGUCGGACCAUCUAUUUGGUGACCGUGCUCUUUUCUUCUCCCUAUAACGAUUCCAGUAACAAUCUCUCUAAAUUGUCGUCACCUCUGCGAACCACGUGACUAAAGAACUAUAAAAUUCGUUAAAGAUGUGUUGUGGAUAGCUUUGUUAAAUGGCAUGUUGGUUAAGAAUGAAAAGUUUUGUUAGAUCAGCUAACCAAGGUAUUCGCAGUAUUUAUUCUUCUGAAACACAAUAUUUUUGACGUUCUUUUGCACGAAGUGUCCAUGUUUAUGCCCCGUAUACAAAUUGAGAAUACAGGUGUAUCGAUAAGUAUCAUCUUGAUUUUUUGAGAGAUAGAUAUAAAUUUUUUUUAAACUUUAGUUAGAGGACUCAUCGUAUUUUCCGUCAUUCCAAUGCGUCUCUGAACUUUGCUUCCCAGUUUCUAUCGUUAGUUAUUCUAAAACCCAGGUAGAAUAAAGCUGUCUCUGAUCUGGUAUUCCUGUAAGUGGCUAGUUGCCUAAAAAGUUUUGAAGCUCUCACCACCAUUAUUUUCUUUUAACCUUCAUUCGUUUUCAAACCAUAUUUAUUGCUUUCUUACUCAACGCUUCACAGGAGAUCUAGCAUUUAUUGUUCAUUAGCUGCUAUGAGUAUGUUUCUAAUGGACUAAAGAUUUAUGCAGCUCACUUGAUCGAAUGCCUUAUGGUAGUUAACGAUGCAUAUGAUCACAGCUGUUAUAGGAGAUAAGCCAUACGGUAAUAAAGAAUAUAAUUGUGGUACAAAAAGAAUUAAGUGGCUAAAAUUGUUGAAGUAAAUACCUUCUGUAUUUAUGCAACUAUGAAAUUUACAGAACUUAUGAAACUGAAAACUGUUUGUCAUUGUGAAAACUAAGAUACAACUGCAAAACAUAGAAAGAUCCUUCUAAAGGAUUUCUUUAGAAAUUACUAAAAAUUAUUUGCUAAAAUAAAAUUGUUCUAUCAGAUCGUAAAACAAAUAAAGAACAUACUGUUCUUUUCGUAGUAAAUAAAAUAUGAAGAUAGUUUCCUUUUCCUCUUCUUUCUCAUUAUUCUUUUACCUAUAAUAGGUAUAUUUCAUGUUAAAAAAUAUAUUUAAAUAUUCCCUUGUUUUACAGUUACUUUUAUCAAUAUAAAAUUUUAAUGAAGUUAUUAACUUAGACUACAGAGUCUAAUAAUUAUGGGUGCCACUAUAGUAUACGGUCUACUGACGCGUUUCUGCUAUAUCUUGCGGUAUACCGGGGGAUACGGAGUAUUACCUGCAGUAUUUAGAGUGACGGCAAAAGAAUCUUCACAAACUGAAUAAAACGCAUAAAUAAAAAGAAUUAUUAUUUUACAAAUUAAUCCUUUGUUUUAUUAUUUUAAAGCAGGUAAUAAUUUGUAAAAUUAAAAUAAUAAUUCUUCUGAUUUAUGCGUUUUAUUCGCUUUGUAAAUUUUUUUUCAUUAUUGUGUGCAAAACCUACUGAGCAAAUAUUAUGGUAUUGAUUAAGAACAAGUAUACAGUGCCAGCAAAAUCUACAAAAUACUCUUUACAAAAUUAAUAAAACGCAUAAAUCAGAAGAACUAUUUUAAUUUUACACAUUAAUAAGUUGUCAUAUCAAUUUACUAUUUACUUGGAUCACAAAAUUGGCUUAUUGUGAACAGUAUAAAAGAUAUGCACGGGUAGAACGCAUCCUCGGGGUAGACCGCAUACUAGAGUAGCACCUAAUUUUGUUACCUUAUAGACAAUAUUGUUAAGCAAGUAAUAUAAUAGAAGCAAGUCAAUGUUUUAUACCCAUGCAUGUACCUACACACUGAGGUUAUAUAUUUGUUAAAUGUGAAUAUAUGUAAGUAAAAUGAAAGUAUAAAUGUAUUCUACCUAAAUAAACGAAGCGUAUAUAGUA